UACUCGAGAUUUUUUGACAGUUCAAUUUGAAAUUUGACAAGUGGUUAAAAUGUCGUUCGGGGUCAACUUGGACUCCUCCAUGGACUCCAUGGAGGAGACCCGAUUCAAGAAAAAACACUCAGAUUUGAUACAGAAAUUGGCAAAAAAACUACAUUUCACUUAUACUGAACUAGAAUGCAUCUUUAUCAUCUACUACAAACUCCAGAAGGACAAUGCUGAUAAGAAUCUGAACGGAAUUUCCAAAAACCAACUCCGGGAUGUGCUCCACAGUGGACUUGAUAUGACAGAUGAUGGACUUAUGGACCGGAUUUUUUCCGUUUUUGAAAGGGGCCCCAGUACCUGUGUCUCAAUGGAGACUUGGGCGACGGCUUUAUCUCUUUGGUUGAAAGGGACUUUAGAAGAAAAAAUCGACUAUUGCUUUUCAGUUUAUGACCUUCUGGGUGAUGGUUUGAUUGGACGCGAAACCAUGUUUUAUUUUUUGAGGACGUCACUGAUCAGCCAGAGUAGCGAAGACGACGCCGAAGAGUCAGUCAAAGACAUGAUCGAGGUGAUAACAAAAAAAAUGGACGUCGACCGCGACGGCAAAAUCUCCUACAACGAUUACAAAACAACAGUUUUGAACCAGCCCAUGAUGUUGGAAGCUUUGGGUCAAUGUCUCCCCACUCGUGAAGCCGUCCAUACAUUCAUAACGACAUUUACCCCCAAAAUCGGCAAAAUGUAAUACAAAAAAAAAAUACAAACCUCUUC